CUAGUUUUCUUAAUAUAACCAUUAACUAUGCCGACUGAUCAAGUACUUUUCAUUGCAAAUUAAUGUUUCGUAAUGGACGAAGCGUAAUUUUGACAGCAAAGUUACCAAACAAUACAUAUUAGAUAACCCAAAAACGCUCUCAAUAUGUUAAGGUAAGAUUAUGAAGGUCACUGUGCUUGAGGCGAUAGAAACACCACUGGACAAAACAUAAGGUUUAAUCGAUUGAGAUAGAAAAUUCAGUCAAUCAAUCACGUUAGGCUACUCAAGGUUAUUUGGUUACGGUCAGAAUGUUGAUUGGUUGAUUUGAAUUGAACCAAUAGCUUGUAUCGAGAGUUAGACAUGUCUGUAUGGCUAGCCACGCUUUCCAUGGUUUUCCCCCUUACGAAUGAAGUGUUUAAAUACAGAGGACGCAUUGAUGUGAUCGUCAUAAUUUACUUAGAUCUCCGUACGUUUGGGAUAUUUUAAUUUAAAAAAUAUGUUAUUACCAAAUCAGCCUGCUCCUAAUUUUGAAGGCACUGCCGUUGUUGGCACGGAAUUGCGUCCAAUUAGUUUGAGUCAAUUUCAAGGAAAAUAUGUGUUACUGGUAUUUUAUCCACUUGACUUCACUUUUGUUUGUCCAACGGAAUUAAUUGCAUUUAGUGAAAGAGCUGCUGAGUUCCAAUCUAGAGAAUGUCAAGUAAUCGCAUGCUCAACUGAUUCAGUCUAUGCUCAUUUAGCAUGGACGAAAUUGGAUCGCAAAGCUGGUGGUUUGGGGCAAAUGAAUAUACCUUUGCUGUCCGAUAAAAACCUAAAGAUAUCACGAGCGUACGAGGUUCUUGACGAACAGGAAGGUCAUGCAUUCAGGUUCGUUUUGUUAAUUCAUGAACACAUCUCUGCUAUAUUUAUCAUAUUGCAAAUGUCACCCAGGCGGUACUUGCAUAAAGACGAGCCAUAUCCUGAAGGUAUGUUCCUCAUUGACCGCAACGGGAUUUUACGUCAAAUUACUGUUAACGAUCGCCCUGUAGGGAGAUCAGUUGAUGAGGCGAUUCGUCUUUUGGAUGCUUUUAUUUUCUUUGAGAAACAUGGCGAAGUUUGUCCAGCGAACUGGAAACCAAAUUCAGCAACAAUAGUACCCGAUCCUGUUGCUUCUCUCUCCUACUUCUCGUCUGUGCACUGAGGUUUUUGUAUUGAUAUCAUAUUUUAGUUAACAUUAAUAAACAGUUUUUGUCAUCUGUUUCAA